UCUGCCCUCCUAUAUCUGAAACUUUCUCUUCUCUCUCUGAGAGGGACCCCAGAAGGCAGGCUGUCCCAGGGCAUGAGGACAGGAUGUCGCUGCAGCUGCUGCUGUUGCUGCCUGUGCUGUGGGGAGUACCCACAGUUCAGGGUCAGAGCUACCCACUGGAGCCACCUAUGUCCCUGACAGUGCAGGAGGGCCUGUGUGUCGUCGUGCCCUGCAAAUUUUCCUAUCCGUGGACGACCCUUGGAACGCUCUACAUGUUUUGGAUCCGGAAAGGGGUGGAUAGAAACCAUGAUUCUUUGGUGGCUACAAACAAACCAAACCAGAAGCUGCACGAGAGCACCCAGGGCCGGUUCUUCCUCCUCGGAGACACCAAGGCCCGGAACUGCUCCAUGAGCAUCAGAGACGUCAACCUGGGGGACAGCGGGACUUACUUCUUUCGUACGGAGGACUCCAUUAAGGAAUACCCAUAUCUAGAUAAGACGUUCUCUCUGAAUGUGACAGCCCUGAUCCACAGGCCACACAUCCAUAUCUCGGGGUCCCUGGAGUCCGGCCGACCCAGAAACCUUACCUGCUCUGUGCCCUGGGCCUGUGAGCAGGGCACUCCCCCCAUCUUCUCUUGGACAUCAGCUGCCCUCAUCUCUCUCGGACCCAGGACCCUCCUUUCAUCAGUUCUUACCCUUACCCCACGGCCCCAGGACAAUGGCACCAACCUCACCUGUCAGGUGAAGUUCCCUGCAGCUGGUGUGACUGUGGAAAUGACCAUCCAGCUCAACGUCACCUAUGCUCCACAGAACAUGGCCAUCAGCAUCUCCCAAGGAAACAGCACAGCCUUCAAGAUCCUGCAUAACACGUCAACUCUUCCCAUCCUGGAGGGCCAGGCUGUGCGGCUGCUCUGUGUUGCUGACAGCAACCCCCCUGCAGAGCUGAGCUGGUUCCGGGGAUCCCCAGCCCUCAACGCCACCCCCAUCUCCACCAGCGCUGUCCUGGAGCUGCCUCACACGGGGAGUGCAGGAGACUUCACCUGCCUCGCUCGGCACACGCUGGGCUCCCAAAAUGUCUCUGUGAGCCUCUCCACAGUCUACCCCCCACAGCUGCUGGGACCCUCCUGCUCCUGGGAGGAUGAGGGUCUGCACUGUGGCUGCUCAUCCCGAGCCCAGCCGGCCCCCUCCCUGCGCUGGCGGCUGGGGGAGCGUCUGCUGGAGGGGAACAGCAGCAACGCCUCCUUCAUCAUCACCUCCAGCUCCUCCGGGCCCUGGGCCAAGAGCUCCUUGAGUCUCAGCUGGGGGCCCAGCUCUGGCCUCAGACUCAGCUGUGAGGCCACGAAUGUCCAUGGGGCCCAGAGCGCCAGUGUCCUGCUGCUGCCAGGUAAACCAGAACCCAGGGCCAGGGUGUUCCUGGGAGCAGUUGGGGGAGCUGGCAUCAUGGCCCUGCUUUCUCUCUGCCUUUUUCUCAUCUUCAGAGUGAAGACCUGCAGGAAGAAGGCAGGCCAGCCAGUGCAGAGGGCGGACGACAUGAAUCCAGUCGAGGGCUCAGGCUCCGGGGCACAUCAGCACCAGGUCAGGACAGACUCCCCCUCAGAUGACCCAGCCACUGCCGGGGCGAACCCCAUCUCAAGAGAGGAACAGGAGCUCAACUAUGCUUUCCUCAGAUUUCACAAGCCUCAGGGACAAAAAGGCACCAACACCGAGUACGCAGAGAUCAAGACACACAAGAAGCAAACCCGGGCUGAGGAAGCAGUGAGCACCGAGCUUCAACCAGUAGGCCAUCAUGACCGGCUCUGAAGAUUGUUUUUAAAGACACAAUUUACAGUACCUGAAGCUAUGAAAUAAAUUGAAUGAAA